UGGUUUCGCCCGGCAGGUCGGAGUUCGUGAGACCCACGGUGUGUGUGUGCGCGCGCGCCUUUAUGUUGCCGGGUUUUUAAUACUGUACAGAAGGCUGCACUCUUAGUUUUAUUACAACGUGAAGAAUGGCUUCCGAUUCUGGGUACGGUCAACCUGGCGGUCCACAGCAAAGUUACUCUUCUUAUGGAGCACCUCCCUCUCAGGGGUUUCAACAAAGCGGGCAGGGCUAUAGUCAAGGAGGUGAUGGGUCAUCGUACAGUGCCCAAAGUUAUGGCAGCUAUGGACAGUCAGAAAACUAUGGUCAGACAGGGCAAGGCUACUCUGGCAGUUAUGGACAGCAGUCCCAGAGCAGUUAUGAUGGCUAUGGACAGCAGAAUGCAGACCCAUCAGGAGGGUACAGAGAAAAACCUUCUUACGGACAGCAGCAGCAGCCAGGCUAUGGACAGCAGCAGCAACAGCAGCAGCAGCAGCAGCAGCAGCAGCAGCCAGGCUAUGGACAGCAGGCCUAUGGACAACAACAGCCAGGUUAUAGACAGCCUUCAGGCUUCGGGCAGCAGCAGUCGGGCUAUGCACAACAACAGGGAUAUGGACAACAAGGAUCCUAUGGCCAGGCUCCUGGUGGCUAUGGAAGGCGAAAUGAUGUUGAUGAUGAUCAGGGGAUGAGAAGAUAUGGUGGAGGUGAUGACAGGUCUGAGGGGUUCAGAGGCAGAGGGCGUGGUGGAUAUGAUCGCGAUGGAAGAGGGGGGCCUCCAUCUGGUAUGGGAGGUGGUGACCGAGGUGGCUUCAAAAAUUUUGGUGGCCCCAGAGAUUAUGGACAAAGAGAUGAUUCCGGUGGAGAUCAGGACAACUCAGACAACAACACAAUCUUUGUCCAAGGGCUGGGGGAAGAUGUCACAACCGAGGAAGUUGGAAACUUCUUCAAGCAGAUUGGAAUCAUCAAGGUGAAUAAGAAAACGGGACAGCCCAUGAUUAACCUGUACACGGACAAGGCCACUGGUCGGCCUAAAGGAGAGGCCACCGUUUCAUUUGAUGAUCCACCUUCUGCUAAAGCAGCUAUUGACUGGUUUGAUGGGAAGGAGUUUAACGGAAAACCCAUCAAGGUGUCCUUUGCAACCAGAAGGGCGGAAUUCACCUACAGGGGUGGUGGUAGAGGUCGUGGAGGCUACAGGGGUCGUGGAGGUUUUGGUGGUGGUCCUUCAUUUGACAUGAAAGGAGGAGACUGGGCUUGUCCUAAUAGCUCUUGUGGCAAUAUAAACUUUGCCCGUCGCUUAGAGUGCAACAAGUGUGGGGCCCCUAAACCAGGGGAUAGCUAUGGAGAUCGUGGUGGCCGGGGUGGCUAUGGCGGAGACCGUGGUGGGUUCAGAGGUCGCGGGGGGUUCCGUGGAGGUGAUCGUGGCGGUUUCAAAAUGGGGGGGAGAGGUGAUUACAGAGAAGAAAGGCGAGACAGGCCAUACUAAGGAUCUCCACAUAAACCAUUUUGGUCAAGGGUUCCAGGGUUGGGGGUUUGAAUACACGUCCAUUUACGUACUAUUAUUUGUAAUGCUCCUAACCUGUUUGGUGACAAACAUACAUUUGCAGCAACUGUGAAACAGCUUUUGGGUUGAAAGGGGAAGGGAUGCUUAAAAUUUCUUUUUUUUUUUUUUUUUUUUCCCCUCUUCCCUCUAAUUUCCUCUGGUCCUCACAGGUUAAAAUGUGGAGCACAAGAGACUUGUAAAUUACAGCUUUGACAUCUUGCCUAUCCUUGUUGUACAAUGAACUGUUUUACUUCUGUUUGUUUUUGCAAUUAUUAAACUGAAGUGUUAAAA